AUGGGAAUCAAAGAACUGAUGAUCAUGGUCUUGUUCAUCUCUUCUUUUUGUUCUGCUGCAUCCACUACUCCUCUUGGAAAGAACUCGUCUUUAGAUAACUUUAGGGGCGGAAGAGGCAUAGCUCAUCUAGCUAAAUUUGGUCAUGCAACUGGUGGCAGAGGCUCAAGUGGAGGGCAACCUGGUGCGACUAAUGGAGGCACGAGUGGUGAUGGAUCACACUCCCCUUAUACUCAGGGUGGUUCAACCAUCCCUUUAUAUGCUGCUGGUGCCGGUGCUGCCAAUAACCACCACCCCUCCCGCCCCCACAAUGGCGGAGAUUCCAAACGCUGCAGCAUUGGAUCUGCUGCUUUGGCUGCAACCAUAUUGGAAUUCCUUGUACUUUAUGUCUAA